UAACAUUAAAACAAAACUGUUUGUCAUUCUUCCUCACACAAAAUUAUAGAAAUAAAAAGUUAUUUUAUUGUCCUUCCUGUUCAUUUAGUUAUUGUCAAAUUAAUUUUAUAUUUAUUUAGUAAAAAAUAGGAUAAUAUAAAAAUAUGGCUUUCUUGAAUCCCCCUUUGUGGCACAACGGGCCGGCGCCUGGUGCAUUUUAUAAUUUCCCUGGUAAUUCAAGCAACCUGGGUCCUGUGAACCAUACCGUUCAAGAUUUUAAAGCUCAUUCAGCCAACCCGAUCACAACCACCACAACAGUUAUUGGUCUGAAAUUCGACAAGGGUGUGGUCAUCGCAGGUGAUACACUCGGCUCGUAUGGCAGUCUGGCCAGGUUCAGAGACUGUCCCAGAGUACUGAAAGUGAAUGACCUCAUACUCCUUGGUUCUGGAGGGGACUAUGCCGAUUUCCAGUAUUUGAAAGACAUUAUUGAGCAGAAAAUUAUUGAUGAACAAUGCAUUGGUGAUGGUCUGCUGCUGAAGCCUCGCUCCCUCCACUGUUGGCUUACGAGGGUGCUGUACAACAAGAGAAGCAAGAUGGACCCCCUGUGGAACAAUUAUGUAGUUGCUGGCAUUCAGGAUGGUGAGCCAUUCCUGGGCGCGGUGGACAAGUUGGGUACCGCAUACGAGGACGCUACCAUUGCGACCGGCCUCGGCGCUUACAUGGCCACGCCUCUGCUGCGAGACGCACGAGACAGUGGCAACCUAGAUGAAGAGACUGCUAAGGCACUAGUUCGUAAAUGCAUGGAGGUAUUAUUCUACCGCGACGCGCGCGCGUUCCAGAGGUACCAGCUCGGCGUCGUGACCGCUGAUGGUGUGGUCAUCGAAGACGUAGCUGAAUUGCAGCAUAACUGGUCUCUGGCCCACAUGAUUCACAUGAAAUGAACUGUAAUAUGUUAGAAUAAAGUUGCUAUUUCUAUA